UCGACGACUCCCCGCCUUCAAAGAUCAGGACGGAAUCAUCUCAUCUUCAUCUUCACUCGAGCCGCUCUUCCGCUCUCUUUUGUCUUCUUGUUUGAAUGCUGGACAUUUAUUGAAAAAUCGUCGGUUCGGAUCUCGGAUUACACCAUAAUCACCUCACCACCACAUCACACAAUCACAACCACCAUGCCAAGACUAGAAGACACUCAGGUCUACGACCACGAGGACCAAGAUGACCUCCUCAACCGUAACCGCCGGAGGGUUCAGCGUCUCUGGGAAGACUUUGUCGGGUUCGCAUUUCAGGGGAAUGUCCUCGAGAUCGCUUUUGGUUUGAUCCUAGCCACAAUGUUCACAGCCCUCGUCACCUCCUUCGUCUCCGACAUUGUCCUCCCGCCCAUCUCAGUGCUUCUCCCACUGAACAAGAACUUGGAGGAGAAAUUCGCCGUCCUCCGGUCCGGAGCCAACCAUCCCGAGGAAGGGUACAAUACCCUGAAGCAGGCGCAGGCGGAUGGUGCUGUUGUUAUGGCUUACGGAUUCUUCAUGAACCGCCUCCUCAACUUCAUGGGCGUCGGCUUCUCGCUUUACAGCAUCGCCUCCGUUUACCAGUGGAUGUCCAAGGACCCUAUUAUCAAGAAGACUAUGCCUUGCCAGUACUGCUGCAAGUUUAUUAACAUUAACUCAAUCCGCUGCAUAAACUGCACCUCCUGGCUCGACGGCCGCGAAGACAUGCUCCGACCAAUCCACACCCCUCCCAGCCUCACCACCGCAGGCACCGCAGGCACUGCAGGCGCAGGCGCAGGACCUUCUUCCGCUUCGAAAUAGGGACGGUGGCAUCCGGACCGUCCUGAUUCCAACCCCCACAUGAACUACGAUGACAUGACGACAAAUAGUGCUUACAAUGGCGACGGCUAUGGUGGGGGUGGGGGCGAUG